UUCAUGGCUGUUUUCAUAGAAAAUACAGGGGAAAGUUGAGAGUUCCAGUCCAUUGUAAAUUCAUCUUUGAGGCCCACUUUUUGACUGUUAGUCUAAAAUAGCAGUGUAAUUAUUGAGUGGAAUGAUUUAAUUAGGGGUUUAAUUUGUCACAAAAUCUCCAAGAGGGGUUCACAAAAUCUCAACAAUCCUAUUCCACUCCCUCCCCACGCACCAUAAGUAUAUAUUAAAUAUUCCUCACCAAUCAACAUCCUUCACUCCUUUUUAUCUCUUUCCCAUGACCAAACCAAAAUCUGUGAUGAAUAACAUGAACCAUCACCACAGAAUAUUAAUCAUAAAGUUCUUUCGGAACAUAUUUUGUUCUCUUUUUCGCUUCAUUCUUGACCAAGAUCGAUAAUAGUCGAGUGACUUUUUCGAUUUUUUUUUUUAAUCGUAUUGAAAUUGUUACCAACACAUGGAGUUGUGUUUGUAAUGGCUAUGAUUUCCCACAUGGGCUGUACAAGAAUCGGACAUGCAUGUUGCUUUUGAACAUGCAAACAUCUCCUUUGCCUACAAAGAUAGAAGCCAGCCAGUCAUCUUCCAGUGAAAGUCACCCCCUUCCAAAAAAAUAUAUAUAUUUAUACUAUAAAAAAAGAAAAAAAACUGUUUAUUUAUUUAUAUUUUAUAAACCACCAAUUUAUAUGCUCUCUGUCAUUUCAGAGAAUUUUGCUUCUCGAACUCCUCAUCCACUUGGCAUUCCAAGAUAAGUUUCUUUUAUCUCUUUCAGGCAUAUUUCAAAACUCAACCACAAGAGGUUGGAGUGUUAAAAAAGAUUAUCCACUGAGUUUUUCCCAUUAUGAAUAUUAAUCUAUUAAUCCCUCCUCCAAAAAUAAAUAAAUAAAUAAAUAAAUAAAAAUUGCAGAGUUAAAUUAUUAAUUAUUAAUUCCACUACUCACAAAUUUAAUAAAAUUUCCAAAAUGGGUCUUGUUUGAAACCAAACAAAUAUGGGAUUGUGGCAGUUAAAAGGAACCAAUUUUCAAUUACCUUCACUUGUACCUCAAGAUAAGAUAAAAGAGGUUUGAAAAUUUUGCCUCCCUCAUAUACCAUAUGUUUCUUCUUGUGAUGGAUGGAUAUAUUAUGAAAUGAUUUUAGCUAAUGGUCGGAAAAGUGAAGGUUUUUAAUUAGAACAGUCGGCCCCUAACUUUUCUUUUCUUUUCUUUUCUUUUUUUUCCUUAAAACAAAAAGAAAAAGAAUUUUCUUCUUUCUUUUUUCUUUUUUUUCCUCGAGCAGUCCUUGAUAUCUUGAGACACGUUCCUUAAGAGGACGGCAGAAAAAUUUCUGGGUGGCAAUUCCUGUAUGUAUAUAAACCCAUUUCCCCAUUCACUCUCAUCAUUCCAUUUUGAGAAGCUCAUACAAAGAUAUAUAUACAAAAUAUCAUAGAGGAGAGAAGAAAAGAGGAGUCAUUUACUCACAAUCAUUCAUAUAUCUAUCUAUCUAUCGUUUCUUAGUUCUUUCUUUAUCCUAAAAAUACAGAUAGAUAGAUAGACAGCAAAAAGAAGAAGAAGAAGAUUGUGGUAACUAAUAAACCUAGCUAUGUGUAACCCAAAACCAUCCUCCCCUAAUAAUUCCUCAUUUCUUCCGUACAAAACCAAUUUCAUGACCGCUCCCAACAAGAACUUGGACAAUAAUAAUCAUAAUAAUCAUCAUAUUAACAAUCUUCUCAAACCUUCUGAUGAUCAACUGACUCAACUUCAUAGAUUCCCAACUCUUUCCGAGGCUGUGGAAGAAAUGAAGGAAAUAGGGAAGAUUUCAGGUCCAACAGCAAUAACAGGGCUACUUUUGUACUCGAGAGCUAUGAUCUCCAUGCUUUUUCUUGGCCACCUUGGAGAACUUGAACUUGCUGCGGGUUCUCUCUCUAUUGGUUUUGCUAACAUCACUGGCUACUCUGUUCUUUCUGGAUUAGCCAUGGGAAUGGAACCCAUUUGUGGCCAAGCUUAUGGAGCUAAACAAUGGAAACUCCUUGGUAUUACCCUUCAAAGGACUGUUCUUCUUCUUCUUACUUCCUCUGUUCCCAUUUCUUUCAUGUGGCUCAACAUGAAACGAAUCCUUUUAUGGUGUGGCCAAGAUGAGGAAAUCUCUACUGUGGCUCAAACCUUCAUUCUCUUCUCAAUUCCUGACCUCAUUUUCCUCUCCCUUCUUCAUCCACUUCGUAUUUACUUAAGAACUCAAAGCAUUACUCUCCCAUUGACAUACUGCUCUGCUCUCUCUGUUUUGCUUCAUGUUCCCCUGAACUUCCUCUUGGUUGUGCAUUUCAAAAUGGGGAUUUCUGGUGUAGCCAUUGCUAUGGUCUGGUUCAAUUUAAAUGUCUUCUUGUUCCUUGUCUCUUUUGUUUACUUCUCUGGAGUGUACAAAGAUUCUUGGGUUCCUCCAAGUGUGGAUUGCCUCCAUGGAUGGACUCCUUUGCUUUCUCUUGCAAUUCCCACUUGUGUCUCUGUUUGCCUUGAAUGGUGGUGGUAUGAAUUCAUGACAAUGCUCUGUGGACUUCUUGUUAAUCCCAAAGCUACAAUUGCUUCGAUGGGGAUUUUGAUUCAAACCACUUCUUUAGUAUAUGUUUUCCCUUCCUCUCUCAGUCUUGGUGUCUCCACCAGAGUUGGUAAUGAAUUAGGGGCAAAUCGACCCGCCAAAGCUCGCAUUGCUAUGAUUGUCUCACUUGCUUGCGCCGUAGCGCUUGGCGUGGCGGCCAUGGUAUUCACCACUCUAAUGAGACACAAAUGGGGCAGAUUUUUCACCAACGAUGCCGAGAUUUUGGAACUUACAGCAGUGGCAUUGCCGAUCGUGGGUCUAUGCGAGCUUGGUAACUGCCCUCAAACCACCGGCUGCGGUGUACUGAGAGGAAGUGCUCGACCAGCGACCGGAGCAAACAUAAACUUAGGAUCAUUCUAUUUGGUGGGUUUUCCAGUGGCGAUUUUGAUGGGGUUUGUAGUGAAAUUGGGAUUUGCAGGGCUGUGGAUUGGAUUACUUGCGGCUCAAGGUACAUGUGCUUUGAUGAUGUUUUAUGUACUUUGCUCAACAGAUUGGAUGGUUCAAGUUGAAAGAGCGAUGCAACUAACAUUGGCUUCUUCUAAUUGCAACCCGCCAUUGUUGCCAAUUUCAGCUUCUUCUUCUUCUUCUUGUUCAGAAGAUGAUGAAGAAGAUGAUGAUAGUAAAGAUGGAAGUCAGAGUAUGAAAAAGAUCGAAAAUUUGGAGCAGAUUUUGUGCAGUAAUCAUGAAACCGACCCUCUCAUACCCACUCCUACUAAACAAACCACUGUUCAUUAAGUUUUCUCUUUCUUUUUUCUUUUUUCUUUUUUUCUUUUUUAAUUUUCUAAUUUCUGCCCCCUCAUGAGGAGUCCUUGAUGUGAAAACCAAAAUUUAUUAAAUCGACCCCACUUGUUGUAGA